AUGAGGCGCCUCUUACAGGACAUUAGACACUCAGCACACGUGUCACUCCAGAGGAAGCAAUACGCCCAGGUGGGAUCUAACGCAUUGUCUGCUCCCCCUCAUUCCUUGUUGGCCCGCACAUUGCCCUGGUUCCUACAGCUGGCGUUCUUUUUCACUACGUUUGGGUUUCUCGCGUUCAGGUAUCAGACAGUCGCUACAGAGCAGGCGUGCACCUCCCGCCUUUCAUCCUAUUCACCAAUCAUAGAUGCAGGGGUCAUCCGAUAUACGUCUUAUAACAUAGCUGGUGAUUUUGAACAACCGUCCGUCUACCGAGGACGACCGACUAACACAACAGAGGCAGCAUGGAAAAAAUUGUUCAUAGCACCGGGCAUCAAUGUCCCAGAGACAAAACUCCCCUUGCUGAAUAAGUCUUCCACCGUGAACUGGCUCCGAACUCCCGAGGAUAAAGGCGACGGUUACGUCGGGUACCUGGAAGUGUUUCACCAGCUGCACUGCUUGCACAUGGUCCGACUAAAGAUCUAUCAGAAGGAAUACGAGGAAGAAUUCGGGUAUCCAGCGGCCCAGUUUGAGCCGGAACACGCUAAUAUUACAGCCACGCAUAUCGACCAUUGCCUCGAGACGCUGCGGUUAAACAUGAUGUGCACGGCGGAUGUUACACCGGUGAUGAUCGUGGCAGAUGAGACAGCGCCUCUGGGUCGCUAUGUCGAUUUCAAUACCAUGCACAAAUGUCGGAAUUUUUGGGACAUCCGGGCGUGGGUUGACCAGAAUAAAGUAAUGGACUGA